AUGGCAGGCGUACUGAAGAAGACCACUGGGCUGGCAGGACUGGCCAUGUGCGACACUCCCCACGAAAGACCAGAUGUCAAAAAACUAGAAGACCAGCUUCAGGGUGGCCAAAUAGAAGUGAUUCUUCAGGCUGAGAAAGAACUAAGUCUGGCAAGAAAAUUGUUGCAGUGGAAACCAUGGGAGCCGCUGGUGGAAAAGCCUCCUGCCAAGCAGUGGAAAUGGCCGAUAUAA